AUGUUAAAUGAUUUUGAUUUCGAUAAGAUGACACAAGAAGUUGUUCAACUUCAGGAUACUCAGAAGAAAAAUGAGGAAGUAAAAAAAGUAAUGGAAGACAUGAAUUUACACGUAUUAAACUCAAUUAAUUCUCAGAGACAAAGCUUAUUAACAUUAUCUUCGCUUUGCUCACAAUUAUCAGAAAUAGAAGAUCGACACGAUAAAAUUGUUAAUAAUUUAAAGAGUCUAAGAACACAAUUAUUAUUAACAUCUCAAAAAUCACAACAAAUCCAACAAAUAUUUAAUAAAGAGAAGGAUCUUUGGUCCCCAGAUCAACAAAAUAACCGACAAAUAACCUCAACAAAUGUUACUUGCCUUAAAGCCGUAAAUUAUUUGAAUAAUGAAAUGGGCAAGAUCAUCAGCACAUGUCUCCAUAGUGGAGAUAUGACUGUUAGCACACAAGAACUCAAUAUUUUAACAAACAAUUUUCAGAAAAUUAUUUCAACUUAUGAUCAAACUGGAUUGAUAAAGCUUUCCGAUGAGGACAAGAUCCAGCAAAACAAAUUCAAGCUCCAGCAACUCGAAUAA